ACCCGUCGCAGGGAGCCCCCCAUCCCUCCUCUGGAAACCCUCACCCACCCGAGCUGGCCUCCUGGUACCUCACUCUGCCCACAUUUCUGGAGUCUCUGCCAGCGUCCAUCCUUGACCCCCGGACGUCACCCACCCCCGCCCUGGUCUAGGACCGCUACCCGCUGGGAGAGGGGGAGGUUUUGAAACUCAGCUCUGGAAAGGGGAAAUAAGGCAGUGCUCCCUGCGCACAGCCCCAGUGGCCCCGACUGUGGCUGAUAUCCCAUCUGUCCCCAGUUCCCUCUGGCCCACCCUCCUGGGCUCUCUUCUUCUCCAUCUCCCUGUUUCUGGGUUUCCUGUCCUUUCUGGGCUUUUAGGAAUCCAUCCCAGUCCAUGUGGAUUCCUGCAGAUGGUGAGGUCAAACCAUGAUGUCACAAUGUGGCAUCCCUGGGCAGGGUAGAGGCAGAGGGCCCCGAGGGGAAGGGGCUUCUCUAGCUCCUUCAUCCUCCAAGGAUGACACAGGACUUACUCCCCAAAGGCCUAGACUCAGUGACUCCUGCACCUGCUUGGGUUACCCUGACCCCACCUGCCUUUGGCCCCCUGGCACUCACUCUGGGCUUCUUCCGUUUGAGGUGGCUGAAGAACUGCAUUUUCUGUAGGGCCUUGUUCAUUUCAGGCAGCCUUUCUUUGUGGGGCUCCUUGGGCAGUUUGGUCCUCUUGUGGGAACUGUUGUUUCCCAUGGCAGGGAUGGUCACCACUGGGGGCCACAGUCCAUGAUGUCUCUCUGCCCUGCCCUCUGCCUCCAGGGAGUCCUUCUGCCUUUGCCCUCCCCGGGAAGCCACAUUGUGACCUCAUGGUUUGACCUCACCAUCUGCAGGCUUGAGCACCUCACAGGCAAAUCUGUGACUUCUGGCCUUUAUUUCUUAGCUGUCACUCUGAGUAAGGAUCAGAAAUCAGGCAACGUUUAUAAGGAAUAUGAGCAGGCUUCGAAAGUGGACCAGUUUGUGACACGUUUCCUUCUGCGGGAGACAGUGAGCCAGCUACAAGCCCUGCAGAGCUCGCUGGAGGGGGCAUCAGAUACUCUAGAGGCCCAGGCCCGGGGCCUGAGGUCAGAUGAAGAGAGUGUGGAGGUGCAGCACAGGCCCCGAGGCAGCCGGCGGGCAGGGCGUAAGGCCCUGCGGAGCAUCAGUUGGUCACCCACCUCGUCUCCAGGCUCCUCUGACAUAGGGCGGAGCUCCGAGGCUGAGAUGCAGUGGCAGCUCCAAGUCAAUCGGCUUCAGGAGCUCAUCGACCAGCUAGAGUGCAAGGCUCCCCGGCUGGAACCCUUGCAUGAAGAGGAGUUUACCAAGGAGUCCGACUCGCACAUCCUUGUGGCCCAGAGGCAGGUGCAGGUGGCAGAGGAAGCCUUGCAAGACUUCCACCGUGCCCUGUGCUGCUAUGUGGACUUCACAGGAGCCCAGAGCCAUUGCUUGCAUGUGUCUGCCCGGAAGAGGCUGGACAGUGCCUCCUUUACCCUAUACGAGUUCUGGCAGGAUGAGGCCUCCUGGAGAAGGCACCAGCAGUCUGCCUGUAGUAAGGCCUUCCAGCGCAUUCUCAUCGACCACCUGCAGGCUCCAGACACCCUCACCACUGUGUUCUUCCCAGCCUCCUGGUGGAUUAUGAACAAUAACUGAGCUUGAUCGGCAUAAGCCAAGGACCCUGGGACCCUGCCUGCCUCUUUCUGGAACUUCUGGACUGGUUGACUCAGCACCCAAACCAAGGAUGCUGCCUCCUAGACUUGGGGCCUGGCUCUCAGAGACCUCCAGACCCAGCUGGUGGAGAUCUCAGCUCACGGAUCAGGGACUAGGCUGCUUGCUUUCUAUUUCUUUUUUAACUAGUGCAUUUUGUUCUUUGUAGCUUUGGCCUCUGCUUGGCUCAGGAGGCCUGGAUUCUGGUCCCCUCUCUGCCCCUGCUGUGUGACCCAGGGAGGGCCCCUUCCCAGUCUGGGUGGGGCCCAGGCCCUCUGGCUGCCUACUGAGUGCCCUGCUUUCUUCUUGCUAUCUUGGGGCCAGGCUUCUGCUCUUUAACCAGCAGAAUGAGGGCUGAUGCUCAGGGACACCCCCAUACUGAACUUUGACCCCUGAGACUGGACUGGGUCAUUCUGUGGUGUGGGGUAAGGACCAUGUCCCUGUUACCCACCAGGGCUAGCAGGCUCAACUCUGACUUUUCUAGACUCUUCUAGCACCAGAGACCUUGGGAGGCUCCUGGGUCGGUUUGCAUGUUAUUUGCAUAUAAUUUGCAUGUUCAUGCCUACCCAUACUCAGGGCACUAUGGGAAGCCCCAAGGUGACCUUGCCAAGUAGCAAUAAUUUGGGCCUAGAGUCACCUGCUGCCCCCAGAUACCUCUGAACCCAGCCCAGGACCGCAGCCCAGAGGCAAUAAAGGCAGUGGUCACCUUUGGCAUUGUGUCCUCCCUCUCCCUUUGCAAGAAGACCAGGCUGUGGGGAGAGUCUGCAUUUCAGACCAGAGAGAAUCUUUGUUCAGAAAUCAACUGAUUCCUGUCUUGAGUUUCCAGGCUUGAAGCUAGUGAGUCCUUAAUCCAGGUUUCCUCAAUUUAAGGCUCUCUUACCUGACAAACCCUUGUUCUCACUUCUGCUUUCAACUACCCCAGCUGGUGGUCCUCGCUUCACCUCCCCACCUUGCGGGCCUGGGGCCUGGGGGCCUGGAACUGGGGCAGAGCACAGAGCCGCCUCAGGGACCCAAACAGAUCCGGUGAGACCUACCUCCAGACGGAAUGAGCCUCUCACCUAGUUUGUCAGGACCUGUCACAACCCCUGCCACCUGACCUGGAGCCACGGAGCAGUGUCAGGAAAACAAUGGGGGGUCCAUCGUGGGGGAAGUGAAUGGGGGCAGGGAGGAGAUGACAGACAUGGCCCUCGGCUCUGAAG